AUGUCGAAAGAUGAACAGUUUUUGGGUUUCUGCUCAGAUGACAACAGUGUACGAAGCCCUACAAGAUGCCAUUCCAGACCCCAGAGAGUUGAAUCACCUCAAAGGAAGCUUCGAGGAAGACAAAGGACAUUUUCUUCUCAAAGCUCGGAUGUGCUAUCUGAUUCAUCCUCUGCAUUGUCCCCUCCAAACAAGCCUGAAUUAAAGCCUGAUGAGAAGGAGAAGAAGCAAGAGCUAAGCACUGGGGACAGGAGGAGAGGUCGGCCUCCAGUGCUGAGCAAUCCCAAACUUCAUCUUUCGCAUGACAAGAAAGUGACAACAAAUGGGAAAGCAGAAAAGCAAAAAACUGAAAAAGAAAAGAAAGUUAAAAAGAAACCGUCUGUGUUACUGCAGCAGGCUACAAAAAUCAAGAAGCUCAGGGCAGUCAAACUGUCCCCUUUGCAGUCCAAAUUAAAGAAAGCUAAACUACAGAUAAAUAGUAAUGGGGGGAAGAUUGAGCGGAGAAGAGGGAGGCCACCAUCCUCAGAGCGAUUGAAGACCGUUCCAAAACUACUUGUUCCUCCACAACCCAAGAAACAAAAGAAAUUUCGUAAGGAGAAAGAUGUCACAUCAACACCAAAGCAGUCGGUGACCAAGGAGGUAAAAACUGAUGUCAAACAGAGGCCCCGCAGAAUAACUAAACCAGUCAGAGUUGUACCUGUCACAAAAAGGACAGAUGCAGCCAUUGCAAAACAGUUACUGCAGAGAGCCAAAAAAGGAGCGCAGAAACGGAUGGCUUCACCUCAGCUGAAAAAUAUUCGUCAGUUUAUCAUGCCAGUAAUCAGUGCCAUUUCUUCGAGGAUAAUUAAGACUCCAAAAAGGUUCAUUGAAGAUGACAGUUACGUUCCUCCUGUCAAGGUACCACGCCUAGAGUCAACUCCAGCUGGUCGGUUCAGCACAAUAUCUUGUGGGUCUAGUGAGAAGUCUAGUGCUGUUUCACAGCAUUCUUCACAAAUGUCCUCUGAUUCUUCAAGGUCAAGCAGCCCCAGUGUCACCUCCACUGAUUCACAGGCAUCUGAUGAACUGCAGGCUCUUCCUGAAGCAAACCAGUCCACAGACUUGCACAGUUGCUUAAAUACUACGCAGUCGAGUGAAUCGGGUGGUAUGGAUAAAAAGGGUCAUCGAUUCUCAAUGCCGGAAAGAGGCAAUACAGCAAGCAAGAAAUUGCCAACUUCGUCACCGCAACCAACAUCAUCAUCUCCGCCACCACCCUUGCUUUCUCCUCCCCCUCCAUUGCAACAAUCUUCAAAUAUGUCUGAUCACUCUCCCUGGUUAAUGCCUCCAACAAUACCAUUUAUUCCACCAACCACACUGCCGGAGAAGCGGAAAUCUAUCUUGAGAGAGCCAACGUUUAAGUGGACAUCGCUCAAAAACCUGAGGCCAGAAUCGCAUCAGUACUUCUCCUCAGCAAAGUAUGCCAAAGAAGGACUCAUCCGUAAGCCGAUAUUUGAUAACUUCAUAACGUCACCUUUGACUCCUGAAGAUGUUGGCUUGCCGUCCAGAUUCCAUGCGUCCUCCAACACCCCACCCCCACGCUUUUUCUCACAGCUUCACCCUGCCUCUAGGUUUGAUACUCAUAAGAGAAGUCCUCUACUUCGUGCCCCACGAUUCACUCCGAGUGAAGCUCACUCCAGGAUAUUUGAGUCUGUUACUGUGUCGUCGCAUGCUGUGGGUCGAUCUUCUGUUUCUGCGUCGGCUAAAGGACAUUCUUCCAAAAGGAAGAAGAAAGAGAUGCAUAUCCCAAGUCGCACUGAUCCAAAAUCUCCCUCGCACUCCAUGAGAACCAGAAGUGGGCGAUUAAUUUCCACAGAUUUGUCGCCAGUCACUCCACAGACAUCCGUAGCCUCUUCAUCUCCUGUAAGCUCCAUCCUAACUGGUGCCUUAACUCCCCCUCUUGGUACUUUGGUGCAUACUGAGGGAACAGUAAAGGAUAAAGAUGGUAGAUCAAAGUUGGGAGCUAGACAGACCAGCACUCCAGGGGACAGCUUCUCUGUGGACUCUGCCAGUCCAACAUCUCCGCUGUUUCCAUCACUAGCACCGAGCGUCCAAAAGGACAAAGGGAAAAACAAAGACAAACUAACUGAAGAUUUAUCCAAAGAGAAAGACAAUGAGAGAGGGUCUGAGAAAGACAGAGAUCGAGACAAAGAAAAGGAAAAUAAACGUGAAACAAGGAAAGACAAAGAAAAAAAGUCUCAGAGUAAGGGAACAGAGGUUCAGAGUGCUGCACCUUUGUUUCUUUUUCCCAGGGCGGUGGAUGAAGACAGAGCUACAGAGGAUGCAGCUGCUUCAUCUUCCAUGAAGAAAGUUUCAGGGAGAGCCAAAAAGUUGAUAUCAAAUGAUAAAAGUGUAGCAGCAAUGGGUGAUAGCCCAGCCGCAAACCUGUCAGAUGUGAGGAGUAAGAAUUCGAAGAAAGGCAGGCUUGGAUCUGAAGAGGUAGGCCCUGUGAUAGGUGAUACUGAAAACACUGCAGCUGCUUCCAUAGGCAAUAAAGACACGCCUUCUCAACAUUCCUCCAUUACUGCGAUGCUGUCGUCUGGUACUCUAAAACAUCCUGCACCUGCUAUUAGUAGCAUGCUUGCACAAGCAGACAAAAUGCCAACAACUGAUAAGCGAGUUGCAAACCUGCUGAGAAGGGCCAAAGCACAGCUCUGCAAAAUAGAGAAGAGCAAGUCAUUAAAAAUAACUGAUCCAACAAGAUCACAGGGUCAAGAAAGUGAUUCUUCAGAAGCAUCAAUACGAGGGCCUCGUAUAAAGCAUGUUUGCAGGCGGGCUGCUGUUGCCCUAGGUCGGAAGAGGGCUGUGUUCCCUGAUGACAUGCCUACCCUGAGUGCCUUGCCAUGGGAAGAGCGUGAGAAGAUACUGUCUUCAAUGGGGAAUGACGAUAAAUCAUCUGUAGCUGGGUCUGAGGAUGCUGAACCACCUGCGCCAAUAAUUAAACCAGUUGCUAAGCACAAGGUGCCACAGGAGCCAGUCGUUCGAAAAGGGAGGAGAUCACGUAGGUGUGGGCAGUGUCCAGGUUGUCAGGUACCAGAUGACUGCGGCCAAUGUACAAACUGCUUGGACAAACCCAAGUUUGGUGGUCGGAAUGUGAAGAAACAAUGCUGCAAGAUGCGGAAAUGUCAAAAUCUCCAGUGGAUGCCUUCUAAAGCACCUCCACCAAAACCAGUUAAAGUAAAGAAAAAGGAAAAGAAAACAAAAACACAAGAGAAGAAGGAACUUCCAGCAGUCAAACAGCAUUCUGACUUCAGCCAUAAAAGCUCUCCCCAGGGUGGUUCACAAGGGCAGGAGCAUGCCCAGAAAACUAACCAGGUUCCUCAUCAACACAGUGACCAGCAGUUUGAGGAAGACAAUUCCUCUCCACCUUCUGAAGCCCGGCAACAAACAGCUAUAGUUUCACCUACCCGGAAACCUAACAAACAGCCCCCUCAGCCACCUGACCUCAGCCUGCCUCAGCAGCCAGGACCUGUGCAACUAAAGAAAGAAUCAGUCAAGCCUGGGCUGAAUGACCCUAAGAAAAAACAGCCAUUGCAAACAGACUCAGCACUAGAGCUGAACAAGCAGAAGAAAGCCCCUGCUCGUUUCAAUGUUCAGUUAAAAACUAAAAAGCCGAAAGAAAAGGAUAAAGUGAUUGCUGUCAGCAAGUUUGAACCCAGUACUCUGAACCUGCUCACCCCUUUGACGAAUGUCACCUGUGGAAAACAAAAACCAUUAGCAGAUGGAGUCCAUAGGAUCAGAGUGGAUUUCAAGGAGGACUGUGAUGUGGAAAAUGUAUGGGAGAUGGGUGGACUUAGUAUCCUGACUUCUUUACCCAUCACUCCCAGGGUGGUCUGCUUCCUCUGUGCCAGUAGUGGACAUGUCGAGUUUGUUUACUGUCAGGUGUGCUGUGAGCCUUUCCAUCUCUUCUGCUUGGAGGAAAAUGAGCGACCCCUAGAGGAGCAGUGGGAGAAUUGGUGUUGUCGGCGCUGCAAGUUCUGUCACGUAUGUUGCCGACAGAAUAAAUCUUCAAAGCAGCUUCUGGAGUGUGGCAAGUGUCGAAACAGCUAUCAUCCAGAGUGCUUGGGACCAAACUACCCAACAAAGCCAACCAAGAAAAAGAAAGUAUGGAUCUGUACAAAGUGUGUCCGAUGUAAGAGUUGUGGAGCCACAACGCCAGGGAAAGGCUGGGAUGCGCAGUGGUCACAUGAUUUUUCUUUAUGUCACGAAUGUGCAAAGCUGUUUGAUAAAGGAAACUUCUGCCCACUGUGUGACAAGUGCUACGAUGAUGAUGAUUAUGAGAGCAAGAUGAUGCAGUGUGGAAAAUGUGAUCGAUGGGUUCAUGCAAAGUGUGAAAGCUUGUCAGAUGAGAUGUAUGAGAUCUUGUCAAAUCUUCCAGAAAGUGUGGCAUACACAUGUAUAAACUGUACAGAGCAGCAUCCUGCAGAAUGGCGGCUGGCAUUGGGAAAGGAACUGCAAAUCUCUUUAAAGCAAGUUCUGACUGCACUACUAAACUCUAGGACUACAAGCCACUUGUUACGCUAUAGGCAGGCAGCCAAGCCGCCUGAUUUAGACCCAGAGACUGAGGAAGCUGUCUCAGUCCGCAGCUCGCCAGAAGGUCCUGAUCCUCCAGUCCUUAUAGAAGUAAACCAACAAGAUGAACAACCUCUUGAUCUAGAAGGGGUAAAGAGGAAGAUGGAACAGGAGAGAUAUCAUUCAGUGCUGGAGUUCAGCGAUGAUAUUGUGAAGAUCAUUCAAACAGCAAUGAAUUGCGAUGGAGGGCAGCCUGAAAACAAAAAGGCCAAUAGCAUGGUCAAAGCAUUCUUUAUACGACAAAUGGAGCGAUUCUUCCCAUGGUUUCGUGUGAAGGAGUCCAAAUUCUGGGAGCCCAACAAGGUUACCCCAAAUAGUGGAAUGCUACCAAACGCUGUGUUGCCACCAUCAUCAGAUCACAACUAUGCUCAGUGGCAAGAACGGGAGGAGAGCACUCGCACAGAACAGCCUACACUUACCAAGAAGAUCAUACCUGCACCACAACCAAAAGGACCUGGAGAUCCUGACUCACCAGUGCCUCUGCCCCCACCACCCCUUGCAAUUGCAGCAGGCUCUGACAGAAGCCGAGAGGACAGUCCUGAUAUCGACCCCCCUCCUGAUGUGGAAGACAACAGGCAGUGUGUGCUUUGCCUGAAAUAUGGAGAUGACAACAGAAACGAUGCUGGACGUCUUCUGUACAUUGGUCAGAAUGAGUGGACACACAUAAACUGUGCCUUGUGGUCAGCGGAGGUCUUUGAAGAUGAUGAUGGCUCUUUGAAGAAUGUGCACAUGGCUGUAAUCAGAGGCAAGCAACUGCGUUGCGAGUGUUGUCAGAAGGCUGGAGCUACUGUUGGUUGCUGUCUUACAUCCUGUCAAAGCAAUUACCAUUUCAUGUGCGCUCGGGCAAAGAACUGUGUGUUCCUGGAUGACAAGAAAGUGUACUGCCAGCGGCACAAAGAUCUAGUCAAAGGGGAGACUGUUGCCGAUGAUGGGUUUGAGGUUUCACGUAGGGUUUAUGUCAACUUUGAGGACAUAACUUUAAGAAGGAAGUUUCUGACAGGCCUUGAGCCAGAGAGUAUCCACAUGAUGAUUGGAUCUAUGACAAUAGAUUGUUUGGGGAUACUCAAUGAUCUCUCUGACUGUGAAGCCAAAUUAUUUCCCAUCGGCUAUCAGUGCUCAAGGGUGUACUGGAGUACAACGGAUGCUAGGAAGCGAUGUGUUUACACCUGCAAGAUCCUGGAGCAUCGACCACCUCCAGUGGAAGCAGAAGAAAACAGCACUUUAGAGCACAGCGAAAACAGAACCAUUGUGCACAGUCCGAGCAGUCCAGCAGGUAUGUGGAUAGGUUCGGUUGUAGGGCAUUGUCCUUAAAGCAUUUCCCUUUUAUAUUACAAAAAAAGUAAAUUGCUAGUUAACCCUUACUGUUGGAUCAGAUCACUUAAUCUGACUGACAAAAUGCUGAAUUGUUGCAAGUGCUAGCCUUUUUGAUAUACUUAUAAACUGAGGCACUUCCAGCUGACUACAAAUGUAAAAACUUGCUGAUCUAACGCCAUUAGCAUUUGGCGGUGGUUGUCGCUGCUUGCCAUUUGUACACCACCAACUACAUAACUCUUUCCACUGUGAUAGACUGGGUGUCAGUAUUCGCUGCUUAAUUUAGCUCUAGCUAUUAUAUCUGAUGAAACUGUAGUUAUUAAUCCAAUGAGUGUGAAAAUGGCACCACCUCAAAAAUGUUAUUGUAAGCUUAAAUUUAGCGUUGUGGAUUGAAGUAAAAGCUUUGAUUUGCUUGUCUCAUUUCAGGUCAUGCAUGGGGAGAAGGAGGGUUAUCCAUGCUCUUGCUAAUUGUAGGAAAAGCUCAUUAGUAGUAUUGUGCAUUUUGCUUAACGUUAGUAACCUUCCAAACCCAUAUUUUAUAGAAUGAGAUCAUGGGAUGCUAUGGUGUAGGGCAGCAGACCAAAGUAUUUAGCAUCUGUUUUUUUUUUUGCUGUAGCUGUAGAAUGUAGAGGAGGAAGGAAGAGAGAAUCCAACAUUGGUCAUUUUUGACUAACUUGGAGUUCUCUUUUUGUCAGAUGGAGCAGUUGCUGAACAAAUUACGUGUCUGAUUCACCAGUGGUAAUGGUUAGCAGAAGACGGUCAAGACUGGAAUUUAUGCUGUUUUAUUAGUGUACAGGGGUCACAUCAGGUUCUUUUUGUCAGAGAUAGUAGGAAUUGCCAAUGCUGGAUACUGAGAUAAUAAGGUGUGGAGCUGGAUGAACACAGCAGGCCAGGCAGCAUCAGAGGAGCAGGAA